AUGGAAUCAAUUGUUCAUACCGCAGAAUCCGCAUGGCGGUCAAAAAAUCUCCUCUACAAAGCCUUAGACGAGAAAGAUGAGGAUCUGAUUGACUUGGUCCAUCAGCACCUGACCAACGAUCCUGUCGUGCAAGCGCUUUCCAUGGGCGAUCUCAUCAAGCCUUCAACCAAAAAGCAAAGUCUCGAAUACAUUGAGAAAUUGUCAAAAUGCUAUUUGGCCGUCGGUAUAUAUUUGCCUGUACCGGAAGAUUCUGAAGUUGCCGCAGGGGAUGAAGCCAAAUCGAGAGACUACGCAAAGGCGGACAACAAACCAAUUCUCAUAGGCUAUGUAUGUCUAAGUCCCGUACCGCCAAGCAUGUCACAUCAUCGCUGCUCCAAUAUUGCCAUUUGUCUGCGCGGGGACUAUCAAAACCGUGGCUACGGCAGCGAGGCCAUCAACUGGGUCGUAGACUGGGGUUUUCGACACGCCAAUCUGCAUCGCAUAGGAAUUGGGGCUGUAUCGUUCAAUGAUCGAGCAAUCAAAUUGUAUCAGAAACUUGGGUUUACGAUUGAGGGCCGGCAACGUGAGAGAAUCUUAUGGGAUCGUAAAUGGUACGAUUUGGUCGACAUGUCCAUGCUGGAACAGGAGUGGGAGACGCUGAGAGCUUCGAAGGAAUGA